AUGGAUCACUUCGUGUUGGUGUUGGUGACUCCAAUGUUGGGCUUCAGCUCUGGGGACCCACGACAUCUCCCGAGACGUAUUCCGUUACAAAAUACAGAUAGCAGUAAUACAGAUAGCAGUAAUACAGAUAGCAGUAAUACAGAUAGCAGUAAUACAGAUAGCAGUAAUACAGAUAGCAGUAAUACAGAUAGCAGUAAUACAGAUAGCAGUAAUACAGAUAGCAGUAAUACAGAUAGCAGUAAUACAGAUAGCAGUAAUACAGAUAGCAGUAAUACAGAUAGCAGUAAUACAGAUAGCAGUAAUACAGAUAGCAGUAAUACAGAUAGCAGUAAUACAGAUAGCAGUAAUACAGAUAGCAGUAAUACAGAUAGCAGUAAUACAGAUAGCAGUAAUACAGAUAGCAGUAAUACAGAUAGCAGUAAUACAGAUAGCAGUAAUACAGAUAGCAGUAAUACAGAUAGCAGUAAUACAGAUAGCAGUAAUACAGAUAGCAGUAAUACAGAUAGCAGUAAUACAGAUAGCAGUAAUACAGAUAGCAGCAGUAAUACAGAUAGCAGUAAUACAGAUAGCAGUAAUACAGAUAGCAGUAAUACAGAUAGCAAUAGCAGUAAUACAGAUAGCAGUAAUACAGAUAGCAGUAAUACAGAUAGCAGUAAUACAGAUAGCAGUAAUACAGAUAGCAGUAAUACAGAUAGCAGUAAUACAGAUAGCAGUAAUACAGAUAGCAGUAAUACAGAUAGCAGUAAUACAGAUAGCAGUAAUACAGAUAGCAGUAAUACAGACAGUAAUACAGAUAGCAGUAAUACAGAUAGCAGUAAUACAGAUAGCAGUAAUACAGAUAGCAGUAAUACAGAUAGCAGUAAUACAGAUAGCAGUAAUACAGAUAGCAGUAAUACAGAUAGCAGUAAUACAGACAGCAGUAAUACAGAUAGCAGUAAUACAGAUAGCAGUAAUACAGAUAGCAGUAAUACAGAUAGCAGUAAUACAGAUAGCAGUAAUACAGAUAGCAGUAAUACAGAUAGCAGUAAUACAGAUAGCAGUAAUACAGAUAGCAGUAAUACAGAUAGCAGUAAUACAGAUACAGGAAUAUGUUCAGAUCAUUAUAGUUCUUAG